AUGUCUCAGCAGGAUGCCUUAGCCCUUUCCGCAUCCUCAUCCACACCUGGACGCCUUCCAGAUUUGCGAUUGCUGUCAGGAGAUGACCCUCAUACCCAGCUCGUGUCAUCUCUACGCUCCCAAAUAACAGACUUGAUGAAUCAAGUAACCCAGCUUAACGGGAAACUUGUGCAGUCAUAUGAUCGUGUAUCUGACUUGGAGGAUGCUUUACAUCUUACCGCUUCGAAUCUGCGUUCCUCCACUAUCCAAAUAUCUCAAUUGGAAAUCGAGCGUGCUCAGCAUCUGGCUGCUCUCAACACCGGGUUGCUUGUUGAAAAGAGUUCCAUUACUGCCGAACUUACCAGGCUCAUGGAGCGAGUCAGCGAAGAAACAGCUCAACGGGGAGAGGCCGAAGACGCAAAGACAGCUAUAGAAAAAGAUCUAGAUGAUCUUAGUGCGACCCUCUUCGCCCAAGCAAACACCAUGGUCGCUGAGGCUCGAUACUCACGCUCUUUAAGUGAGCGCAAGGCCGAGGAUGCGGAGAAAGCGCUGAAAAGUGCAGAAGAAGCGGUCAGCUUGCUACAAAUCCAGAUGCAGACUUUGUGCGAACAAAAAGAGAAGUCUGAGAGCGAGGCGAAGGCGUUGAGGCAGAUAUGUGGUGCAUCCGGGACCGCUGUGAUGAUGUCUCUGCAAGUCAACGAUGCAGCUCCAUUACUCCCCCGACUUUCCACUACGCAUCCCUCCUAUCACGAAUUUCUCAUGUUUGUGUCCCAUAUCCGAUUGAUUAGAUCAGGUGGGGGGCACAGUCCCCAAAUGAGUACAUUGCUUGGUCUCCCUUUUCUGUCCAGGCUUAUUGCUGAGGAAUCAGAGCCAACUCUCCGUCUUGAAGCUGCCCCGGCGUUGAACUGGUUAACGCGGAGGAAUGUGCAGACUGCUAUUUAUUGCGGUCAAUUGUCCAUUGAACCAAUGAGCACCCAACGACUCCAGCUCGAUCCUACAGUAAUCUCUACAGUGGCAGCGUUAAGUUCCCUACAUGAUAUUACAUGUUCCAUUUGCGGCAAAUAUAUAUAUCCGGACCCAUCUACGCCACCAAAAUCCCGACCUUCACGCUUAAUGCAUCAGACCUCAGCUUCGUGGGCAAGCACCUCCCGAUUCUUGAAACAACAGUUAUCGUCAACUCCCGCUUCACCGUCAUCUCCAGUUUCUCCCCCACCCUCGUUCAUCUCACCCCAGACAUUCGUAUUCCGACUCUCUCUUCCUCAGUCCCAAACAAGCGUAUCUUAUCCUCUUUGUCAUGAUGGCUAUUGUCUUGUGCGGCUCCGAUCCACAUGCGAUCUUUGGCAUUUCUUGACGAAAAAUGUUGUCGAGCAAAUUUGGAAUGAACCUGAUGGUCCGAAGAUGGCGGCUUCGCAGCGGCAAGCAUCAUCUUCGAGUGACCUCCCCUUAUCGCUCACACAUCCGGUGAAUGGUACGCUUCAGCCAGGAAUGCCACCUCGUCGGAAUGUUGCUUCCCGAGUCGGAAAUCUAUGGGGGAAGGGUUUGGGGGCUCUUGGAUUCGACAAGUCACCUAGCCGCAGUUCAACGCCACCACUGCCCGCUGAAGGUAGCCUUUCGCAUCUUGGACCAGCACCGAGACGUGUUCCGCCGCCUCCGCCACCUUCAGCGGAACGAGCCGCUGCCAAACAUGUGGCCACAACACCAGAAAUCCCACAUACUACGCCAGCUCCUCCGGUCCUGCCUCCUAGACGACAUCCUAUCAACAGUGCUACAGUUUCAGAGCAAAUACCCUCUUCAGAAACAUACCAGGAUUCCCACGCACAAUCAUCGGAAAAUGGGGACGAGGUACCCGACAGCAGUAAACCAUCUUCUCACCCAUCCUCAAGGAAGGAUGAGCCUGUGGAAACUGUUGGAAACUCCGACGUAUCAGGUUUGCACACUAGUCCCCAAACUCCAAUAACGGAUGGCUUCAUCACACCUCCGGAAACUAAUAUCACCUUGUCACCCGUUGCAUCUUCCGAAGCAUCUACACUCGCGACUGACACGGUCGUGCCAGAUUCUGAGACCCGAGAUGAGGCAGUGAUCCAGGAUAGUGUGGAGGGAACAUCAUUAACGGGACAGGCUACUGGACACAGUGAACCUGAAGUGUUAGCGGUGGACAAGCCUCGUACUCCCUCACCAUCAAGUCCCGGAAAGGCCCCGCAAGAAUUGCCAACUAGGGCAGCGGGUACUCCGCCACCUCUACCCCGGCGUGCUGCGGCACGGGAACGUUCAAAAUCCAUACUCAAGACAUCCGAACCAUCUUCCUUAUCAUCACGCACUGGUUCACCGAUCCCACGGGCCCACAGCCCUUCUAUCAGCGAACUCAAAGCUUCUGAGACACUUGUAGAAGAAAUCAAGCCCACGGAACACGCGGCACCGGAUGCCGAAGCUGUAAAGCGGGAGGAAUGCACAGUAGUUGAUGCUAAUCCCAUGCCUACCAGUAAAGGAAACGAAAUAAGCAGAGCGUCUACAGAGUCCGAGUCGAUUCUCGUCGUGCCACCUAAGGUACCUCCACGGCGUGCAAGCGGAAAAUUCGCGCCACCGGCCGCCAGACCUGCGCGUGAGGACAAUAAUGUCUUGGUAUCAUCUAUCGAGGACGAGUCGAGCCCCGUUGUUGGUGACGAGACGUGGGAGGAUCGUCAAUGGAAGGAGCUUGUUAAGUUGCGAGAGGUUAUGUUUUGGGCCCGCAUCGGCGGGCAACGGUCAGCCAACUCAUCCUAA